AUGUCCAUCACCAAAAUCCACGCUCGUCAGAUCUUCGACUCUCGCGGUAACCCCACCGUCGAGGUCGACCUCUACACCGAGAAAGGCCUCUUCCGUGCCUCCGUGCCCUCGGGUGCGUCCACCGGUGUCCACGAGGCGGUCGAACUCCGGGACGGAGACAAGUCGAGCUACGUCGGAAAGGGUGUCUUGAAGGCCGUGUCGAACGUCAACGCCACCAUCGCGCCCGCGCUCAUUAAGGAGGGUCUCAAGGUCACCGCGCAGAAGGAGAUCGACGACUUCCUCAUCAAGCUCGAUGGCUCUGCAAACAAAGGCACACUCGGCGCGAACGCGAUCCUCGGUGUCUCCAUUGCCGUGUCGAUGGCCGGUGCCGCGGAGAAGGGUGUCCCCCUCUACCAGCACCUCGCGGAUCUUGCUGGUGUCAAGCCGCCGUUUGUCCUUCCCUGCCCUGCGUUCAACGUUAUCAACGGUGGCUCACACGCUGGCAACAAGCUCGCUUUCCAGGAGUUCAUGCUCCUGCCCACCGGUGCAUCUAGCUUCUCUGAGGCGAUGAAGAUUGGUACCGAGACCUACCACACACUGAAGAAGGUCAUCAGCGCCAAGUACGGCAUUGACGCUGUCAACGUCGGCGAUGAGGGUGGAUUCGCGCCCAAUGUCUCUGGUGCCGAGGAGUCCCUUGAGCUGCUCUCGGAGGCCAUCAAGAAAGCUGGAUACGAAGGAAAGAUCAAGAUUGGUCUGGAUGUUGCGUCUUCCGAGUUCUACAAGGACGGCAAGUACGAUCUCGAUUUCAAGAACCCGAACUCGGAUCCGACGAAGUGGAUUUCGGGCGUUGAGCUCGCGGACCUGUACCUUUCCUACGUCAAGAAGUACCCGAUUGUCUCGAUUGAGGACCCCUUCGACCAGGACGACUGGGAGGCGUGGACUCACUUCACGGCGCAGAGCGGUAUCCAGAUUGUUGGUGACGACUUGACCGUCACGAACCCCCUGCGCAUCAAGACCGCCAUCGAGAAGAAGGCUUGCAACGGUCUUCUGCUCAAGGUCAACCAGAUUGGCACCAUCUCCGAGUCCAUCCAAGCGGCGCAACUCGCGCAGUCUGACGGGUGGGGUGUCAUGGUCUCUCAUCGCAGUGGUGAGACCGAGAACACGCUCAUCGCCGACCUCUCCGUCGCCCUGGGUGUUGGCCAGAUCAAGACUGGUGCUCCCGCGCGAAGCGAGCGUGUUGCGAAGUACAACACCCUCCUUCGUAUCGAGGAGGAACUUGGAAACGGCGUGUAUGCUGGGGACAAGGGCCUCUCUGCUGGCCUCACUCGGCCUGCGCUGCUCAAGUAA